AAAGAAAAGGAAAAGAAAGAAAGAAAAAAGAAAAAAGGAUGGAUGUUUUGAAACAAAGGCAGAAGCAAUCUUAUACUUUAUUGAAAGCUUACCUGGGAGUGGUUUUAACUCCUCUGGGGUUAAGAAAGAUUUUUUUCCUCUCAAGACCGAAGGUGGAGCUAGGGUAAAGGAAUUGGAUCUGAAAUAGCAUCCCUGUCAGUUCUGUUCUGAAAAGUACACAGGGAGGAAAAAUCUCCGUGGAAGAGAGAGGAGGCCACAGGUGCAGAAGGCGAGGGACCGUCUAUGAUACAACCUGUAUGUUUGAAGUGAAAACUCACAAACAGCAGUCAGUACCCCUAGAACAGUCGCCGCCCCAGGAGCCACCCGGAUGCCCGAAGGGCAGUAGAAAGCAUGAGCUUCUACGGCAGCAGCUACCCGAUCGUGAACGUGGACCCCAAAUACCCGGGCUACCCCCAGGAGCACGUUCUAGCCGAGAAGCGAAGAGCCAGGAGGCGUCUCCUGCAUAAAGACGGCAGCUGUAACGUGUACUUCAAGCACAUUUUUGGAGAAUGGGGCAGCUACGUGGUGGACAUCUUCACCACCCUCGUGGACACCAAGUGGCGUCACAUGUUCGUGAUAUUCUCGUUGUCUUACAUUCUCUCCUGGUUGAUAUUUGGCUCUAUCUUUUGGCUCAUAGCCUUCCAUCACGGAGACCUGUUGAACGAUCCCGACAUCACGCCUUGUGUGGACAACGUCCAUUCCUUCACGGGGGCGUUUCUAUUCUCCCUGGAGACCCAGACCACCAUCGGGUACGGUUCCCGCUGUGUCACCGAGGAAUGUUCUGCGGCCGUGCUCAUGGUGAUCCUUCAGUCCAUCUUAAGCAGCAUCAUAAACACCUUCAUCAUUGGGGCUGCCUUGGCCAAAAUGGCGACCGCCAGGAAGCGAGCCCAGACCAUCCGGUUCAGCUACUUCGCCCUCAUCGGCAUGAGAGACGGGAAACUUUGCCUCAUGUGGCGCAUCGGUGAAUUCCGCCCCAACCACGUGGUAGAAGGCACGGUCAGGGCCCAGCUUCUCCGCUACACGGAAGACAGCGACGGGCGGAUGACGAUGGCAUUUAAGGACCUAAAGUUAGUCAAUGACCAGAUCAUCCUUGUCACACCAGUAACGAUCGUUCAUGAAAUCGACCACGAGAGCCCUCUGUAUGCCCUUGACCGAAAAGCCGUGGCCAAAGAUAACUUCGAGAUUUUGGUGACGUUUAUCUAUACUGGCGACUCUACCGGGACUUCUCACCAAUCCAGGAGUUCCUACGUUCCCCGAGAAAUUCUCUGGGGCCAUAGGUUUAAUGAUGUCUUGGAAGUGAAGAGAAAGUAUUACAAAGUGAACUGCUUACAGUUCGAGGGCAGCGUGGAAGUCUAUGCUCCCUUUUGCAGCGCCAAGCAACUGGACUGGAAGGACCAGCAGAUCCACAACAUGGGAAAAGGCCCGCCAGCCCAAGGACCCGGCACAUCAGACACCAAUGUCAGAAGAAGGUCAUUUAGCGCCGUUGCCAUCGUCAGCAGCUGUGAAAACCCAGAGGAGACCACCACCUCUGGCACGGAUCAGUGUAAGGAAGCGCCUUACCAGAAAGCUCUCCUGACUUUGAAUAGGAUCUCUGUAGAAUCCCAAAUGUAGUCCUGAGUUGUAAGUACGAGGGCUCCCAGUCAAUGUUUUUACCCCCUAGCCAAUCGCCGUAAGGCAAGUAGUUAUCGACAGAGCUUUUAAAGAAGGUGAUAGCUGUCUUUGAUGGUGAAGGAAGAUAAAUAGAGCAGGUUAAACUUGAUAAAAGAUAUCUAAGCAUUACAUCAUAUCCAACUGUUUAACUUUUUUUUUUUUUGGCUAGCAAAUUUUGUGUUAGGGGUGCUAUUAAGAGGCCUAAUUGAUUAAUUUAAAUUUCAUCUCCUUUUGUUAUUCCGUAUACUUGUAUUGUCAGUUGGAGGUAUAAUAUUCAAUAAUGGGGAACAAAGGUAGGACACUGGGAUAAUAGAAAGUAGAAGGGAGAAUAGCAUGAAUAAUAAAAAUUUUAAAUGGAUCCAAAUCGGUAGUAUGAGUUACCUAUAAAGACAUUAUAUCAUAUAUUCAAGAUGUGCAAGGGAUGCGUUCAGUAGAUUGUAACGUUGAGCUGUUUAACUGUGAAAUCAGUCCCUGUGUUUGCCCAGCAGAGUGUCUCGGUAUCAGCUGGCAGAGGCAGUGGCUGUAGGAAGUAACAAUGCCCCCGGUUCUGACGGUGAAUCCCCUGCCACUUGCCAGGUAAUGAUCAAGCAGUGCUAGAAGCUACUUUUUCUCUCAUCCGUGAGGCAGAAGAAAAGUUGGCGUUAUUACUCAGAGAGGUAUUUCUCUCUUAAAUGCUCUGUUUGACUCCAACAAAUGGCUCGGGGGGUGGGGGGGCAGAAAUAAGGCACACAGGAGCUUUGUAAAGUGUGUGACAAGGGGACUGCUUAUGUCCACCUCCCCACACCUUCUUUGAGGAAGGACAAGAAGAAGGAUCGGGACCCUAGAGAUGGGGUGAGGGAAUGGAGAGCCGUAAACAUCCUCAGACUCUUUGAGAGAAAACGUGUUCCUGGAAGACUGGAGCUCUGGCUACACAAGGGAUGGAACCCUGUUUUUUUGGUUUUUUUUUAGCAGUUGCGGUGGGGUUAGGAGGUGGGGAGGCUGUGAGGGGAAAAGUAUUUAUUUGUGCCUAGAAGCAAUUAUGUAUGGGUCACUUUAGAAAACACAAAUAACUUGAAUUGUGAAUUUUAAGAAACGCUUCCAUUGAACUUGGAACAAUCAUUUAAAUGCAGGAUUUUGUGGAUAUAAUUAAGGUGAUUUUAAUGCACAUUAUGAAGUGGGUCAGCUAAGUGCUUUAGAAUUGCUUAAAUUGUAGGACAGGAGAUAAAUGUGUAUACUCUAUUUCCACCUUAAAAGAUGUUAAUCAUGAUUACUUUAAACACAAAUCCAAUCACCUGCGAGUGAAGAGGCACUCACUCUAAGCUUUAUCAGUUGAAGACUUACGAGCUAUAUUCCGAAUUAUCUGUGUUAUUUUUUACAUUCUUGCUGAGCUGGUAAUAAGUAUAUGCCACAGGUUUUCACGUGUUUAUUUUAUUUAAAUAUAUAUAUACACACACAUAGUUUUUGCUUUUUUCUGGAAAAUCUCUCUCUCUCUCUCUCUCUCUCUCCCCAUUUAAAUUAAAGCACACAAGUAAAUUUUACUGAAUUGCAGAGUCCAAGAUUACCAACAGAAGUAAAAUGUAUAGGUAUAUAAAGUUUUUCUUUUGUUUGCCUUCUUUUUUCUCCUUUUUCCUUCUUCCCUCCCUGCUUUCCUUCUUUCCCUUUCCUCCUCCUUUCUUUUGCCUGUGAGCAAUAAAGUUAUUUUAUGAUGCACAGGUGCAAAGCUUGUAUUCCUGUUGUUGUAUGGAUAAGAGAUCUGUUCAGGUCACAGGUUGCAAAAUCGUCCUGAAACUUAACAUCAGAGUGCUAAAUAAUGCGUUUCUUUCUUCCAGUCUUGUUUCAGGAACGCAAAAACCCAUGUUUUUAAAACUGCACAUGCCCUGUAGAUUCGAAUUUUGGAGCAGCAAUUACUCAGCUAAAUUAGAAUAUUACAAUCUACCAAGUAGAAAACAGCCAACACUACAACAAACAAACUUGCCCCCUUUUCUGGCAUGUUUCACACCCGUCUAGUUUCAUUCACUUUCCUUCCUGGACUCUGCUCGUUCACGAUCUUGCUUUGUUAGUAUCCGGAUAGAGGUGUCACUGUCCAGUAAAUACACUCUGUCGGGCUUCGUGCCUCUUCCAUCAAAUUCUCUUACCCAGAAUAGAAUGUACAAUCAGCAACACCAUGUAAUAGUUAUCUCCCAUUUUCUGUUUAGAUUGAUAACACACUUUGACAC